UCUCUCUCUCUCUCUCUCUCUCUCUGGCUGUGUGCUCUCGUUUCAGUCUCUCUGGGGAGAUCAGCACCAUCAGAAGGAAAUAAUUGAAUCUCCGCUCCACUUUCACUCGUUCCUCCUGUGUUGGAUCAACCAAUGCCAACAGCAUAGGGGCGUAUCUGUGUGUGUACACCCCAGAAUGAGCCACCCUAGUUCACUUGGAGAUGGGGAAGAGGGGCAUCCAGAGCUGCCAAAACAUUUUCUAUCGAUUUUGGACGCUGAUAUGCAGUGAGGAUGAGUGGCAUCGGUGAAAACCCCUCUGACCCUGCUUCCAGGGCAGAGUCACGGAAACGCAAAGAAUGUUCCUCUGACCUGCUGGGCCCCAGCCCCAAACGAAGCAACGAGAAGAGAAAGCGCGAGCAUGAGAACCGGUACAUCGAGGAGCUGGCCGAGCUGAUCUUCGCCAACUUCAACGACAUCGAUAACUUCAACGUCAAGCCUGACAAAUGUGCUAUCCUCAAGGAGACUGUGAAACAGAUACGACAGAUCAAGGAGCAAGAGGAAGCAGCAGCAGCCAAUGAGGAGGAGGUACAGAAGGCGGACGUCUCAUCAACGGGCCAAUCCGUCAUUGACAAGGAUGCUCUCGGACCAAUGAUGCUGGAGGCCCUGGACGGGUUCUUCUUCGUGGUGAACAUGGAGGGUAACAUGGUGUUUGUGUCUGAGAACGUGACCCAGUACCUGCUGUAUAACCAGGAGGAGCUGAUGAACACCAGCGUCUACAGUGUGCUGCACGUAGGAGACCACGCUGAGUUCAUCAAGAACCUGCUGCCCAAGAGCCUGGUGAACGGUGUGCCGUGGUCCAGUGAAGGUCCCAGGAGGAACAGUCACACGUUUAACUGUCGUAUGCUGGUCAACCCUCACGUUGACAACCAGGACGAGACCAGCGACCAUGAGGGACAGAAAUAUGAGACCAUGCAGUGUUUCUCCGUCUCCGAACCCAAGAGCAUCAAGGAGGAGGCAGAAGACUUCCAGUCAUGUCUGAUCUGUGUGGCACGCAGGAUGCCUGUGAAGGAGCGGCCAAUUCUGCCCACGCACGAGAGCUUCACCACCCGCCAGGACCUGCAAGGGAAGAUCACGUCGUUAGACACCAGUCUUCUGAGAGCCUCUAUGAAGCCUGGCUGGGAGGACCUGGUGAGGACAAGCAUACAGAGGUUUCACCUACAGAACGACGGAGAGAUGUCCUUCGCCAAGAGACACCAGCAAGAGGUGUUGUAUCACGGCCAGGCAUUCAGCCCCAUCUACAGGUUCACUCUGUCAGACGGGACCAUCGUGUCGGCUCACACCAAGAGCAAGCUGGUCCGCUCCCCUGCCACCAACGAACCCCAGCUCUACAUGUCGCUACACUUACUACAGAGGGAGCAGUCAGUGUAUGGUCUGGGACCGGGUCAGGACACGGGGCCCGGUGGACAGCAGCAGGAGACAGGGAUCAGCCCCAACCCCUCCAUAACCCCUCCAACCCAGGGGACCCUCUCUGGUCUGGGCCCCCAGGGACAGGACACCACGAUCACCUCUAACAGCACGCUCUUUUCCCCUCCUCAUGGAAGUCCAGGGUCCAGAGAACCAGGGCCGGGACACAUGCAGGAAUACCGCUACGGCUGCCCUCCCCCUGGAGGAUUACAGUGCAGCAUGGGUAUGAACCUCCCCAUCCAUCCUAACCAGCAAGGGGCCAAUUGGAGGAUGAGCAGCCCGUCUCGAAGCAGCCCUAGCCCAGCCGGAGGGCCCCAUCCGGGGCAACAGAUUUCUAUGUUGUCCCCUAGUCACCGGGCAAGUCCAGGCAUGGCAGGAAGCCCUCGCGUGGCCCCAAGCCUGCACUCACCCUCCCCCGUGGGGAUGUGUGGGUCUGGAACAGGGGUUGGGGGUGGAGGUAGCGGUCCUGCGGCUAACAGUCAUGCUAACAGCUACAGCAGUAGUUCUCUGUCGGCCCUGCAGGCUCUGAGUGAGUGUCACGGGGUCAGACACGGCGGGGAUGGGCAAACACACCCUCACGGCGCCGGGGGAAAGCAGCAUCCGCACACACACACCCUGGGAUCACCGGACAGGAAGAUGAUGGGAUUACCCGCUGGGGUCGCGGUGGGAUCAGGGGUCAACCCUCACAUGAUGUCGAAGCUUGGCGGCGGUAAUGGCGUUAGAGUGGAGGCUCACGGAGAGCAGGAAUAUGGUCAGGGUGGACAGUAUGACCAGAGACAGAUGGACAGACAUACGGACGGGAACGAUAGCAGCGGUAACCACGCUGACAUCAAGGAGGAGAGGGGCGGCCUCGACGACGGCCCCGACGCACAGAGCCGUGGUCUACACUGUGACAACAAGGGCCACACCAAACUUCUCCAGCUCCUCACCACCAAGUCCCAACCCGUCGACACCCCCUUGUCCCCCAACGGAGGAGGGGACCCCAGGGACCCCUCGUCAGGGCUGGGGGGCCCUCACGGUCCAGGAGUCCCAGGGGGCCACGCCACCUCCCUAAAGGAUAAACACAAGAUACUCCACAGGCUGCUCCAGAACAGCACCUCUCCUGUCGACCUGGCCAAGCUCACCGCUGAGGCCACGGGCAAGGAGCUGGGGGAGCACCCUGGGGGUGGUAACGGACAUACAGGAGGGGGUACGGACGGGAACCUCACCCCCAAACAGGAGCCCCUCAGCCCCAAGAAGAAGGACAACGCCCUGCUGAGGUAUCUUCUGGAUAAAGAGGAGAGGCAGGCGAAGAUGGAGGGAGUAGGAGGGGAGGUGAAGACUGAGGGGGGGGUGAAACACACCCUUCAUGUGAAGACGGAGAAACAGGAUGCAGGAUACGACCGCGCUGAACAGUCGUCAGAGCUGGAUGACAUCCUAGAUGAGCUGCAGUGUGUCCAGCCCCAGCUGUUCUGUGAGCCGCGGCCCGUCUCCCUACCCUCCUCCCUGGACAAACAGACCAUCAUCAACGACAUAUUGCACAUCACCCAGGAAACCAGCCCUGGCAACCCCAACGCCAUGGCAACACAGCAGCAACAGCCAGGCAUGGGUCCAGGCAACUACGGAGGUCAGAGGGGGCCUGUGGUCCUGGGGCCAGGUAGGGGUCUACCUAUGAGGAGUGUAUCCCUGGAUAUGAACAUGUCAGGGGGCCAGCCCCCAUUAGGGCCCCCCCAGGGCCAGUACCCCCCCAUGAGGACCCCCAGCCCCUACACACUACAGCAGCAGCAAGGCAUCCUGGGAAACCACGCCGCCAUGAUGUCCAACCAGGCCAACCUCGCAGGUCUAAUGGGUGGUCCUCGGCAGGGUAUGCAGCAGCAGCAGGAAGAGGGGGGUUGGGGUCCUGGGGGCCCGGGUCAGAGCGGUUCAGCCUCGGUCCCUCCUCCAGGGGCCCCAGGUCAGCAGGGGACGAUGCACAGCCGUAUGGGGCCCAGCCCUGGAGGCCCUGGGGGCCCCAUGAGACCCAACGGUCAACCAGGACCCGGACCCAGGCAGUUGCUGCAGUCGCAGAUGAUGGCCAACGAGAUGGGCAUGCGGGCACACCAAUUCACCCAGCAACAGGCUCCACCCAAUCAGACGGCUCCAUGGCCAGACAGCAUGAUGCCCAUUGAGCAGACACCCUUCAACCAGAACAGGUCUGUGUAUGCUCCCCAGCAGCAGCAGCAGGUGUUGCUGGGGGGUCCUGGUGAUGGGGGUCCUGGUGAUGGGGGUCCUGGUGAUGAGGGGGCCCUUAUGUCCCAGCUCUACACCGUGCUGAAGGACUCUGAUGGCCUGGAGGAGAUAGACAGAGCCCUGGGGAUACCUAAUCUGAUGGGACUGGGUCAGUCUGUAGAUCAGGACCAGUUCUCUUCAGACCCGUCCAUGUUGCUGGACCAGAAGCCUCCAGUGUAUGGCCAGCAGCACCAGCAGUACCCCCCACCCAGCUCCCAUCUAGCCCAGAGAGGGUACCACGGCCCUGGGCCCGGCAGACCCAUUCAGGACCCCACAGGGCAAGGCUUCCACCCCAUGGCUGGCCAGAUGGGCCCCAGACCAGGAUACCCCAUCAUAAGGAUGCAGCAACGACCGGGGCUGAGGCCCCAAGGGGUGGUUCCCAACCAGCCUAAUACACUGAGGUUACAGCUGCAGCACCGGCUACAGGUACAACAGAACCGCCAGCCUAUGAUGAACCAGAUGAGUGGUGUGUCCAAUAUGAACCUACCUCUACAGUCCAACAAUCCCAACCAGGGGACCAUCAAUGCUCAGAUGUUAGCCCAGCGGCAGCGGGAGCUGCUCAGUAACCACCUCAGACAGCGCCAGCUGGAGCUCCAGAGACAACAACAACAACAACAACAACAACAAAUCACGGUGCAGCAGCAGCAGCAGAGGAACAUGGUGAUGAGAGCCCAGGGACUCAACCUACCUCCCAAUAUGGCCGCCGCCAACAUGGCCGCAGCUGCUGCAAGUGGCCUAUCAGGAGGGCUGAGUAACCCCCGGAUCCCCCAGACCAACAACCCCCAGCAGUCCCCCUACCCGCCCAGCUACGGUACCAGUACAGGCCCAGGCCUGGCUUCACCCCCUCUUCCUCCUCACCCCUCUACCAGCCCCUUCUCCUCCCCCCUCUCCCCCAGCCUGCCCUCCACUCUCCACGCCCUGCAUGGCUGUACCUCCUCCCAGAUGAUGAUGGGGGGUGCAGGACAGUUUGGGGCCGUAGUCAGCCCUCAUAUACAGCAGCUCAGUGCCUUUCAGUUCCCAAACUCAGGUAUGUCCCAGCAGCCUGACGGAGGGUUUGGAGGACCCGCCACGCCCCAGAGUCCCCUGCUGUCCCCCAGGAUGGCCCACGCCCAGUCUCCCAUCAUGCAACAGCAGGGCCAGGGCAACGCCGCCUUUCAGGCCUCGCCUGACAUAAACGGUUGGACCCCGCAGGGGAACAUGGGAGGAAACAGUAUGUUCAGUACGCAGCAGUCUCCCCCACAGUUCGCCCAGCAGCAGCAGCAGUCCAACGGGGUCGCAGCCAUGUACAACGGCAACGGAAUGAACCUCAACGUCUCCAUGGCAACCAACGGCAGCAUGGGUCAGAUGGCCGGACAGGUGGACGUCACCUCACCUGGGAUGACCUCCGUGGGACAAGAACCGAAAUACUGCUGACCCUGGUGGAGCGUUCAGCCAACCAGCACCUUGAUGCUAACACCCAGGAUCCAAUGAGCUCGCUGGUUCAUCUUCAACCACCCAAUCAAUCAACCAACGGCUCUUUUGAAUGGACCUGGCAGUGUCCUGACCCAGCCCAGCCCAACCCGACCUCCAACCUCACCCACCUGGCAUAAACUGUGCCUCGUAUCUACCCCUACUGGGGGGGGGCUCACCCAGGAUCCAGUGGUGAAGGGGGGGAGUGGGGGAUAGAGGAAAGAUGGGACUUCGAUUGGUUGCGUCCCAAAUGUCACCCUAUUCCCUACAUAGUGCAGUAGUUUUGACCAGAGCCAGGGCCCUACACCCUAAAACGCCUAACCCCUCUCUGAAAGGAGAACUCGUGAGCCAGUUUCUGUCUGUCUGUCCGCCCAGCUGCAUUCACCUUAGUGUGACUAAUGCUGCAUUCAAAACCAAGUGGGAAGGUGGUAAUUACCAGUUGUGAUGUCGUAAAUACCAGUUGGAUGCAUUCGUGUGCUUUGAACUCGUUGAGAAAUGCUGAUUGGCUAAUGGCCAACGAGCUGUGUCAACCAUAAACUUGAAAGUACAGCAAUCAUGCUUGUAAACAAAUUAUAGUGUUCAAAAACCUUUUUAAUACAUUGCUUUUUAUAAGAAUGUUUUGUUGCAUUUAACUGCCAAAAAUGCUGUUAUCGAGGUCGUUUCCUAAGUAGGUGACAUCAGAGGUCAGCAUGUGGGAGAAGUAGGAGCUCAGGGAUGAUGAGUUUACCACUAGUAAAUACCACCUUCCCACUUGGUUAUGAACGCAGAGUUACUGUAGGCCCCUCCCACUCGACUGUAGGCCCCUCCCCAUCUACUGUAAGUUCCUCCCCAUCUGGUCUGACUGACUGUAGGCCCCUCCCCUCUUUAAGUUGCCCCCUCCCCCUCUGCCUGGAGGCUCCAUAGAGGCCCCCUCCCCCUCUGGGUCGACUGACUGCUGGUGGCAGCGGUGGGAUCCUCGUCAGACGAAUCCUCUGUGGUCAGCUGCCGUUUUGCAAUCUCAUCUCAAGAAAAUGUACACUGUUUUUAUUGUAUUUUUUCCACCUCCUUGAUCCCCCUGUUCUUCUGGUUCCUCUCACGUUCUAACACGUUCUACCUUCUGCGUUCCACAAUGGCAGCAAACUGACUCCAAUGUUAUUUAUGUUUUGGUUCCUGGAGGGAGCGGAGCAGCUAACUAUUUUCAGCCGUUUUUUGCCUUUUUGCAGUUUGUUUUCCUAAUGAUGAUGAGUGAGGGUGAAGAGAAAUGGUUUGAAAACUGAUCUGGAAAAGCACUGCAGAUUAAUGGGUUUGAUUUAAAAUAAUGCUUCGUAGGAUUAUUAGACUAAUUUAGUCAAAAGGUUUAUAGUGUAUUAAAUUAAGUUCAAUUUUUCUGUAUAGAUUUUUUUUACAUUAUUUUAGUCGAUUUCUUUAUUAUUGUAGCAAACGAGAAGAUUAUUUCUAAAGUGGUGACAGUGUGUAAAACAGGCACUUUGUCAUUUUCCGAAAAUACUAUUAUAUUCUAUCACAUUGAAAUGUUAUGGAUUUGACUUUGGUCCGGUAGUUUCUUCAGAAGUUAUUGUACAUACCAGUUAACAACAGAGCUCCCUUCCCUAUUUAUUGGGGGUGGUUUUCUCCCUGUCUGGCCUGGACUGCCUCUGAGGAGAGGAGGGGAGAGUCGGACCUUGUCAGCAGUCUUUGGGGUGGCGGUUCUCUUUACCCGACCUCCAGUGGGUGGGUGUCUGUAGGUGUAGGCCGGGGGGCGGGCUGUGUAUACAGUGUACAGAUUAUCGCUUGCUUCUCAGCCUUUAGCGUAUAGCUAGCACCACGAUAGAAAGACGGGACAAAACUCAACACAGCCAUACGGUUAUAUUAACUCAAACAAAACUAUAAAAUGGAAGAAGUGUGCUUUCUAUGUUGUUUGGAGUCUUGGUGCUUCAUACAAGCUGCUAGGGACAAACCGCUCUGGUCCGUCAGUGUGAUGUAAGUAAACAAGCAAUAACGAUUACUAAGAAUCUUUUAUUUUUUUUUCCUCUCUUUGUCGGUUUUUUUGUUUUUGUCGUUUUUGUACAGAUUUUUACCUGGACAUGUUAUGCUCUGUGAUCCGUCAGACUCAGUAUUAAAACAGAUACUUUUUUA